UGCCAGGUGGCUGAGGUUGCAGAGCAGGGGCAGCGUGCCAGAGCGCCGGCCGGCGAGUGGUAGAGCGUGGGGAUGUGUAUUUGUGUGGCUGGCUGCGUGUACUAGGGGAUGGACAAGCCACACGGCUGCCUGCCACGUACCCACUGCCACCCAGCGCUAGGAAAAAGAGCAAGAAAUGCAAAAACAAGCCAGAGAGAGAGAGAGAGAGAAGGGAGAGAGGAGAAGGAAUGGGAAAUGGAAAGUCAGCGUGGGGGAUCCGAAGCCGAGGACUGGGGGCGCUGGGAGGCGCGGGGCUCUGGCCGGGCCGGAACCCACCGGUGCCUGAGGCCACAGGAUUAGUUGCUGUUGAAGGCGCUCCUCCAAUGAGAUCUCCUCUGCUCCCUGAUUUGGCGGUUCUUCUGAGCAAAUAUGACAGCCUUUUCUUCUCCAGGCUCCUUUCCGCUCCUCCACGUCCAUCCCCAGAGCCUAGCUCUCCUUCUGCGGUUUCUACACCAGAACCUUCACAACCACCACCACCACCACCACCACCACCACCACCACCACCACCCAGUCCCAUUCCUGCAAGUACAUGAUUGCUGCAAAGGUGACAUGAACACCUUGUGAAGAGCACAAUGUUGCUUCUAGAUUGCCGAAGAUGCUUAAGAUCAGUUUUUCCAGGUGGGAAAAUGUUAGAAUAAAUCCGCUGUGCUCUGUAAACACGCAAUGGUGCUGAAA